AUGCCUCCCAAAAUGACCGUCGCCAGCGACGCGGGCGAGCGCAAACAACCCACUCCGCAAGAGGCCUACCUGUUUUACACCAUCCUCAAGUAUAUGACAAGCAAGCCUGUGGUCGAUUGGCAUGCUGUUGCAGCCGACAACAAUUUCAAGAAUGCUGAGACCGCAAAGGUCCGUUUCGGCCAGAUCAGGAAGAAGCUUGGAAUGGAAAGCUGGUCGGCCACUGGCAACGGGACCAAGUCGAAAGAUGUUAAGGACGAAGACCAUGAUGAUGCCAAUCCUGGCGAUGUCAGCCCCGUCGACGAUCUCGGAGCCGCCAUGCCUUCCACCCCAACUGUUGGUCGUCCCAAGAAAGCGGCGGCAUCCUCCUCUGCCCCCACUGCCGGCACUGGUGCAGGAGUCAAGAAGAAGCGCGCAAGCGGCACCAGACGUGCCACCAAUGGCGGCGGCCGAGGCCGCAAACCCAAGUCCGAGGCCAUUAUCAAGGCUGAAGAUGAGGAAGAUGACGAUAUCAACAACGACAUGAAGGUCGACAGUCCCGUUGAUCGCAAGAAUGGAAACGGAAUGGGCAUGUUCAAGCUCGACAGCCCCGUUGAUCACAAGAAUGAAAACGGAAUGGGCAUGUUCAUCAAGUCAGAGUUCAUGCCAAGUGAGCCUACCGCGCACCAGAGCUUUGAGCCCCCCGUUACCGUAACCCACCCGAACCCAGAGUUCAUUGACUUCCCUGUUCAGCUCCCCGCCCUAGUCCUUGAGCGCCGCGCCAUAAUGCUCAAGGUCCAUGGAAUAUGGGACGUGUCGCCUGUCGAGCCGCAGAUCCACACUCAGUGGCUGGCUCGCCUGCCGGCCCAUAUCCAGUCUCAGUUCUACGUUCAGGCAGAGAAGUAUCACGCUCGGAUCAUGGACAUCGACGAGGAGCGGGAUUAUGACGACGCCUUCAUCAAGCAGCAGCUUCUCAAGGAGCUCUACGGACCUCCUACACUAACCAAGCCCGAGGCCACCACCACGGCUGCCGGCGCUGGCAAUAUGAAUGGAGGCUAUGGAGGCGCCUCUAUUUUCGGCGGCAACAACUCGAUGCGCGCGGGCAAUGGCAAUUAUGGCAUGGUCGGCCACGAGAAUCAGCCGCAGCGCCGCGUCGAUCUGAACUCAAUCCCGCCGCACCCCGAUUACAUGGAGCGUCUGCAGCGCGAGCAGGAGGCUCGUGAGAAGGAGAUCCGCGAGCUGGACGUGCGGACGAUUUUUGGCAAAGAUUUGAACUUCGAUGGCUGGCAUGAGUAG